AUGAACAAUUUGAAACUAAUUGCUCUGUCUGAUGAUAGUGUUGUGGAGGUACAAGGGGAACGUGAAGGUGUACACAAGGCAGUUGAACUAAUUGCUUCACAUUUUAGAAAGUUAUUGGUUGACCGCAGUGUUAUCGAUGCAAAUAUCAAGUGCCCGACCAAACCAGGAGAUGGCAGCUCCCCAACUUUUGGUCAGAUUCUAAAUCAAGGGUAUGCACAAUCAAGGCAGAAUAUGAUACAAGAAGCUCCAGUGGAAAUGCCAUACCGGCACGUUGUGAUCAUCGAAUCUCUCAUCAACGAUCUCGAUAAAGACACCGUGCUCAUGCUCGACAUGUUCCAACUAAUGCAGGAGAACAUGAGUGCAGCAACAGACAUCUGCAAAAAAAUCGUUGAAGACCACCGAAGACCAUAA